GAAGCUGCAGUCGUUCAGGUCAAAGGUUAUCUUUUAAUGACGUGUAAAGUCGAGUGCUUUCCAUUCUUAAUUACUACACCUUUUGAUGCUCUCUAUACUAGUACUAUGUAGGUAGCGAUUCAUUCCCUAUUCUCCUGCUGCUCCCUCAGCUGUAUCUGGCUCUAUCAGAUGGCCGCCGCCGCAUCCGACCACGAGCAGAAGCGUCUUAAGCUGGAGGAGGCGUUGCAGGAUGAUCGCGUGGAGCUCGUCAAUCUUCCCACGUCGCUGUUGGAGGAGAUGACAGAUGUCUCUCAAGACGUCGAACUAGUUGGCGAAGGGGGGAAUGGAAUUGUUUACAAGGCAACGCUUAGGAAUGGGCUGGUUGCAGUGAAGAAAAUCAAGGAUGUGGUGGUCGUCGAUGAGAAGAAAAGCGAGGAUGUGGUGAAGCGUUUCUGCAGGGAGUUUUUCUGUAUGAUGGAGUCCAAGCACGAGAAUAUAGUACGGUUUCUUGGAUACAGUUUUGCGCUACAAGAGGACGGCAAGUCCGUUGAUCGCCAAAUGUACAUCUGCUCCGAGUACAUGCCUAACGGGAGUCUCCACGAGUAUAUCAAAGAUGAAUCUUGUAGAUUCCAAUGGAGCACGCGCUACCGAAUAAUUAGAGGGAUUCUUGACGGCUUACAUCAUCUUCACACGACGGGCACUCCCAUUAUUCACAAGGAUCUUACACCUUCAAAUGUACUAUUGGAUCAUAACAUGGUCCCCAAGAUUACCGAUUUUGGUACAUCAAGGCGCUUCGACAGAGGUCAAAGCCAGUCCUUUACUCACGGCAAAGCUGGGCUGACUUGGGGAUAUGCGUCAUAUGAGUUGGCUAUGAACGGGAUAUUCACAGCCAAGUCAGACAUGUACAGUUUGGGUAUCAUAAUCAUGGAUCUUCUCGUGGGAUAUAAGAAACGCGAGGAAUUCGUUGCCGAUCUAACACCAGGGGGAGACAUAGUUGAUACGGUUCUUGGAACUUGGAAGAAAGUGCUUGCGCAGGAGCAAGUACAAGUACUGCAGCAAGUACAAGUAUGUGCUGAGAUGGCUGUAAAAUGCAUGGACCAGGAUCCUACUCAACGCACAGACAAGUCAUCAGGGCAGGAUGAUCACACAGAAAGGGGGCGAAGGCCGGCAGAGGAUAGACCUGCGGCAUCUGAUAUCAUCCAUAGGCUUGGUCAAAUGGAAAAUUCAACCUGGUCAGCACUAGGGCAGAUAAACGCACGGUCAACCGGGGCUGAGCUACUCGACAUCCGACCUCGUGUUCUCUGCUUUCCCUUGAGAAACAAGAUGGAAUGCAGUUACCUUUGGGAAACCAGUUGCCUAGUGCAUCUAACCAACAACACGGACCAAAGUGUGGGCUUUUGGAUCGUACCGCACUUCCCGAAGCUGUACCAGGUGAGCUCAUGCUGCGGCGAGGUGCAACCGAGUGAGACUCACGUUGUGAAUAUAGUGCUCAUAGAAGGGCGACGGCCACCUAUUGACACGGGCGUGUUAAACAUACUGACGGUCGCCAGGAGCGAGAAGAACACAAAUGAUUUCAUGUCUGCCAUUCGAGAGAGUGUCAUUGGAGAAUUACAUGGGGCCGAUUUGGUGAAGCGAAUCAACAAGUUGGGCGAGGUGCAUCAGGCGGCGCUGACUGCUGUCAUCCGCCCAUCAAGAAAACCUAAGGUCAUACGCAGUAACAAAAUCGACUCAGUCCAUUCUUCCAUAGAUGUGCAUCCCACGGAACCAUGGAUCUUGAUCAGUCAUGGAAAGAAAGUUUCCAUUUGGAACUACCAGACACAGGAAAUGAGAGAGUUAAAAGUCAGGAAGAAAGGCAGCAGCAAGUUGGGCCGGCCGGUUAGAUUUAUGGCCGGACUCGGAGACGGAGCGCAAUGGAUUGUCAUGGGGGAUACUGAUGGUUGGAUCCGCGCCAUCACGUAUGAUACAGGGGAAACAAAAAUGGAAAUUCAGGCUCACUGGCAGAGUCCCGUCUGUACAUUGGCGGUUCACCCAACCCGACCACUUGUGGCAUCGGCGUCAAGUACUAGUAUUUAUAACGAGGUCGUCCUAUUUGAUGGGAAGAAAAAUUGGACUCGUACAUCACAUGAAAAUUCUAGAACGGUGAGCCACCUCAAGUUUGGCACGGACAUGUUUGCAGCUUCUUCUAAAUACUCCGAAGACAUGGGAAUCAAGAGCUGGUCAAUUGGUGAAUACAUGCCUAAGGCCACACUGCCUCAAGAGCGAGCAUUUGAAUCUAUAUGGCCCCUUUUCGGAACAUUUGAUUAUCUUCGCACCGAGGGUGAUGGGCAGUAUAUGAUUACAACUACAAAGAAUGGCAUAUGCAUAUGGGAUCUGCAGAUAAAGCCAGUGAGCAAGGUUCACAGCAUUUCUUGGAAAAGUAGCGACCAUAUUGUUGCAGUCGCUUGCCACCCAACACUUCCCUUCAUAUUUGUAGUUGCCGUGGACCCCACCUAUACAUCCACUAUUUGCUUUUGGAACUACAUCAACUACAAGAGGUUUGGGGAAGUCAAUCGUAUUGAGAGGACAUUCCGCGGGCUUAAACAGUUAGGAUUUGUGGGCUCACAACGGAUCGUUGUCAUAUAUGAGCACGAAAAAAUUGAAGUCCUGGAAAUUAAACUGAAAAAAUUAGCAUAUCAGCAGGAAACAGAUGAUACACCCACGAUCCAUCAGCAGAACCUCUAGCAGCAGCAUUACUGUCAUCGGUUGCUCAGCACACGGUUAGUGGUUUGGUGUCAAACGAAUAGUGAUAAGAGAGUUCUCGUGGGUAGUUUGGGCAGUUUAUGUGUGUGAAGACAGACUUUUGAACUUCAUUGUAAUUUUUUUUUUCAAGUCUUAAACACUUCUUUUUGAUGUUGCGUAUAAACUUGAUUCCAACUCUUGUGCAUGCCUUUUGUCUUGAAUGCAAUUCCAAGUACUGCUUACAUGAUUGCUUA